UACAGUUAAUCUUGUUUUUAUAUAUAACAAUAAACGGGUUUUGUUUUAUCAGUUGGAUGUAUGUAAUUAUUUGAUCUUUUUGACUGAUAUUCUAUGGACUAAAUGUUUUUUUCUCGUCUCGUGGAGAUGUCGGACAGAACAAUGGCGCGGCAAGUACUGCUGUUUAUUUGGUUUCUCUCUCUCGGUUCAGCUAUCGGGCAGAUCAGUUACUCCAUUCCUGAGGAAAUGGCGAAAGGCUCUUCAGUCGGUAACAUAGCGCAGGAUUUGGGUUUAGAUUUAAAAAGACUGAAAUCUGGUAAAGCCCGUAUUUAUACAGGAGACAGCGCUGAAUACAUCGAGCUGAAUAAAGACAGAGGAGUCCUCCUCAUCAAAGAGAAAAUAGACCGAGAGGCACUGUGCGGACAGACAACACCUUGCGCACUACAUUUACAGAUGACUCUGGAAAAUCCUGUUGAGUUUUAUAGUGUUACAAUUGAAAUUGUAGACGUAAAUGACAAUGCGCCGAUGUUUUCCGCUACAGAAACAAUAUUUUAUAUCAACGAAUUGUCUCCAACUGGAUCUAAAUUUGUUUUAGAGAGAGCCGUUGAUAAUGAUGUUGGAAUUAACGGCGUGCAGAGCUAUUCCCUACUUCCCGUUGAUAAUUUUGUUUUAAAAACACAAGAAAUGCCGGAUGGUUCUAAAAAUGUUGAAAUUAUUCUACAAAAACCUCUCGACCGAGAGAAACAAGAACAUAUUUCGCUUUUACUUACUGCUGUGGACGGAGGAGACCCACGGAUGUCCGGCACAAUGUCGAUAAUAAUUACUGUUCAGGAAGCAAACGAUAACGCGCCAGUUUGCUUUUUACCUGUUUAUAAAAUCAACAUUCGAGAAAAUUCCCCAAAAGGGACAAUUUUAACAACAGUUAAAGCAUCUGACGCUGACCAAGGACAAAACGGUAAAGUUGAAUUUUAUAUUCACAAAUCUCCAGGUAGCGCCACUAAUAUCUUUGAAAUUGAAAAAAAUGAGGGAGUGUUGAAGUUAUCAGGCGAUAUUGACUACGAACGAGUUAAGCAUUAUCAGAUUGAUGUUCAAGCGAGAGACCUGGGACAUCAUUCUGACACUUGCAAAGUUAUUGUUGAUGUAAUUGAUGUAAAUGACAACAAACCUGUAAUUAAUAUAAUGACAAAACCAGGUCCUAUUUCCGAAGACUCAAAAGCAGGUACCGUGGUGACUAUUCUGAAUGCCCAAGACUCCGAUUCUGGAGAGAAUGGAAAAGUCCAGUGCUCUAUUAAUCAUAAUGUCCCCUUUACAUUAAAACCAACAACAAAUAAUUUUUUCAGUUUGGUAACAGACGGUGAUUUAGAUCGAGAGAGAGAGGCUGAAUUUAACAUAAGUGUGACGUGUGGUGAUGAGGGCGUGCCCUCUCUCUCCAGCAACUUCACUCUUGCCUUACAGAUAUCAGAUGUAAAUGAUAAUGCGCCUGUCUUUGAGAAAAGCUCUUAUUUGGCCUCUGUUCAAGAAAACAACACACCUGGUGUUUCCAUAUUCACAGUGAGCACCAGUGACGCAGAUUUUAAUCAGAAUGCUCGCGUGUCUUACAUACUGGAGGACUCCUCUGUUAACGGAGUGCCCGUCUCCUCGUUAGUGUCCGUCAGUGCUGAUAGUGGAGUCAUACACGCGGUGCGAUCUUUUGAUUACGAGCAGAUCAAAGAUUUCCAGUUCCGCGUAAAAGCGCAAGACGGAGGCUCACCUCCUCUCAGCAGCAACGUGAGUGUAAAAAUAAUCAUUCAGGACCAGAAUGACAACGCGCCUCAGGUUCUGUAUCCGGUUCAGUCUGGUGGUUCUGUGGUGGCUGAAAUAGUGCCUCGUUCGGCAGAUGUGGGUUAUCUGGUCACUAAAGUGGUCGCUGUUGAUGUGGACUCUGGACAGAAUGCCUGGCUCUCAUAUAAACUGCAGAAAGCCACAGACAGGGCGCUGUUUGAAGUGGGUUUACAGAAUGGAGAAAUAAGAACUGUGCGCCAGGUGACAGAUAAAGAUGCUGUGAAACAAAGACUCGCUGUUGUAGUGGAGGACAACGGACAGCCCUCUCGUUCAGCUACAGUCAAUGUUAACGUGGCGCUGGCGGACAGCUUCCCUGAAGUGCUCUCGGAGUUCACUGACUUUACGCACGACAAGGAAUACAACGACAACCUGACUUUUUAUCUAGUCUUGGCUCUGGCUGUAGUUUCGUUUCUCUUUAUCGUGUCUAUCAUCGCCAUACUGUCAGUCAAGUGCUACAGAUGGAGACGCGAGCGGAUGUUUUACAAACCUGGAGCGAAUCUUCCAGUUAUUCCAUAUUAUCCGCCCCUUUACGCAGACGUGGGGGGCACAGGAACUUUACAGCACGUGUACAAUUAUGAUGUUUGCAGAACCACUGACUCCAGAAAGAGUGAUCUGAAGUUUGUCAGACCUUGCAGUGAGAGCAUCAUUAGUCUGGACACCAGUGGAACACAGACACUGACGCAUACACACAGAGAAAAACUGACCAUGGAGAGUUCUGACGAGGUAAGAAUAAAUAUGUUUCGUAAAUUUUUGUAGCGACCUAUUUUAUGGCUUUUGCGCGGGUAUGCAAGCAUUGUCGACAAGAUUGCUGGCCAAGGUUCCACUUUCUUGCGUUGUAUUUUUACAUGUAAUUACAACCAACAUUUUGCUGUCGUUGCUGUAGUUUAGAAACAUUCGACGAUGCUCAAAUCUUUAUUUAUU